CGCAGUAAGUGCGCGGCCGAGUACAGUCUCGUCGGGCAAAGGGUAGCCUGUGCGGUGGCCGCGCGCUCUGAGGCUCCGAUGAUUAAUGUCACGGUCAACUGUGCUUUCCUGUGUCCGCCUCUCGACGAGUAGUGCUGCGUGCCAGUGCGGGAGAUGCACGUGGAUUGUUGAGGGAUACGUCGCACGCGUCCGAUCAACAACAACAACCGACGACGACGACGACGGCGGCGACCAACGUACACGACGCGAUUUAUUAAGAUGGUAGAGCCUAUCUUUGACUAUCAGUUUCGGCUGAUACUGAUCGGCGAUAGUACGGUCGGGAAGAGCUCUCUCCUCAAGUAUUUCACCGACGGCAAAUUCGCAGAGCUUUCAGAUCCAACGGUUGGCGUGGACUUCUUUGCAAGAUUAAUCGAAGUUAAGGAUGGAACGAGGAUAAAGUUACAAUUAUGGGAUACAGCUGGUCAAGAGAGAUUUAGGUCAAUUACAAAAUCUUACUACAGAAACUCGGUCGGAGCGCUCCUCGUUUACGACGUUUGUAACAGAGCGAGUUUCGAACAUAUUCCCCAAUGGAUGAUGGAAGCCCGCAGACACAUCGAACCGCAUCGUCCUGUAUUCGCCUUGGUAGGCUGUAAGUUGGACUUAGUAACUAAUGGCGGCAGACGAGAGGUGUCGAAGGAAGAAGCCAGGGCGUUCGCUGACGAGCAUGGUGUACAUCAUAUCGAGACCAGCGCGAAGACCGGUGUAAACGUUGAGGAAGCAUUUCGAACGGUUACACAGGAAGUUUACAACAGGAUACAAACAGGCGAAUACAAAGUAGAGGACGGAUGGGACGGCAUCAAAACCGGCUUCGCCAGGCCCGGUGGUUUAGAUUUUAAUCUAGUCGAGGCAGAACCGGCAAAGACUUCGUGUUGUUAAGUUAUUGUUUUUAAUCUACUAAAUAAAACAAACCAGAUUUAAGAAUGCAGAUAGAAUAGUUAUUUUAGGGGGAAGUAAUUGUAUAUGUUUUAAUGAGUCGACAGUAGAGAAAAAGAGAUGUGAAUCACGUUUAUUUACGUAUUACGUUUAUAUGUUAUUCCGGCCGUAAUGUUAUUUAUCACUCUGAUAUAAAUCUAUUUAAUAUCUGUGUAGCUAUUUCAUCGAUAUUCAACAGCUACAUAUAUUGUAGAUACGUUUUUUAUCCGAAUGAUAAAUAAUUUUCUACUGCAUUCUUGUUUUAGGGAAAAAGGCUUACAAUUACUAUUAAAAAUUACGUAUACGUCUAUAAACUAGACAUUUUUGUAUAUAACUUACAUACAAUAUCAGAUGACUAACAAAGUUUACAUAGUUUUUCAGAGUAUAGUCGAAUAUUGAAUGUAAUUAAAAGUAAAAGGAUUAACAAUGAUGUAUUUUCUUGAUAAAUAAGCAUCCUCGAAAACAAAUGACUGAGUUAUGGGUUGAAAAAUAUUAUAUUUGUGGAAUUUUUAAUUUCCAUUUUUAUAUUAAUAUUAAUAUUUCCGACAUAAAUAACUAAACGAUCAUUAGUUUAAGAUUAAAAAAGCGGAUGCGCAUUUUUUUAGAAUUCGAAGACAAAAUAAUCAUCUUCGAUAUACGCUGGUUACUUAAAACUUACCAAAUUGUACGUGCGAUUAUCGAAUUGCCGAUAGAAA